AGCAAGCCAAAAAUAGAAUUUUGACACAUAUUUGUAAGUUGUAGAUGGAGGAAGAGUUUUCCCGGGGGAAACGAGCAAUUUUAAGGUCAAAGAGAAGGCUUGGAAGAUGGCCACCCCUGGGCCAGAGGGGGCCGAUGUAGGUGAUCCAUCUUCAACAGACAGCGUUGUUACCAGCGCAGAAAACGGCCACGCACAGAGCAAAGAAAAUCUGCAAGGUCCAUACUGGAAAGUGAGGUUAAAACCAGUGAAACAUACAAAGAUCAAAGUAGAGGGUGAUAGCUGUGGUAACGUGGUUUCGACAGGAAGCAGUAAGGAAGAUACACUGGACAUGGAAGGCAGCCAGAGACCCCGGCGUUAUUCUGACGGAGAUCGUGCUGGUGCUCGUGAUCAAACGCACACAGAAGGAGACGGGGAGCACCAGGAGCAUAUGGAGAGGCCAGCAUUUGAUGGUAAACGCUUCCAGAGAGAUGACCGGCUGGAAGAACAAAAGAUUCGUGAGCGCCUCAAGGCCAUGCCCAUGUGGAAGAAGGAGUUGGUGGACAGGAAGAAAACUGGACCACUGGUUGCCAAAGCAAGUGUCAUGGCGUCCAACAAUUCAGCCUUUACUCCAACGGCAGCAACAAAUAGUACGAAAGAUGCUCCUGCUAAUUCCAAAGGCAGCAGCAUCCCCCUGCCUGCCCAGUCUGAGUCUGCCUUCACCAGGCAAGUGGUCAACAGCAAACAAGGCUCACCUGGCGUCCCCAGGAAACGGGUGUCACCUAGUAAUUCGUUUAAGUCCAGUGGAGGGAGACGUACCCCCUCCCCCCAUAGUGUGAUAGAGGGUCUGAGUCAAGAGGGUAUGCGUAAGAGGGUAGAGAGGGUGAGAAAAGCCAGGUUGUACCUUCUGCAGCAGACGGGUCCAAACUCAUUCCUCAUUGGUGGAGACUCUCCAGAACAUAAAUUCAGGGUUAUUAUUGGGACACAGUUAUAUGAGGAAUGUCUGCCAGCAUUUGAUGGUAAACGCUUCCAGAGAGAUGACCGGCUGGAAGAACAAAAGAUUCGUGAGCGCCUCAAGGCCAUGCCCAUGUGGAAAAAGGAGUUGGUGGACAGGAAGAAAACUGGACCACUGGUUGCCAAAGCAAGUGUCAUGGCGUCCAACAAUUCAGCCUUUACUCCAACGGCAGCAACAAAUAGUACGAAAGAUGCUCCUGCUAAUUCCAAAGGCAGCAGCAUCCCCCUGCCUGCCCAGUCUGAGUCUGCCUUCACCAGACAAGUGGUCAACAGCAAACAAGGCUCACCUGGCGUCCCCAGGAAACGGGUGUCACCUAGUAAUUCGUUUAAGUCCAGUGGAGGGAGACGUACCCCCUCCCCCCAUAGUGUGAUAGAGGGUCUGAGUCAAGAGGGUAUGCGUAAGAGGGUAGAGAGGGUGAGAAAAGCCAGGUUGUACCUUCUGCAGCAGACGGGUCCAAACUCAUUCCUCAUUGGUGGAGACUCUCCAGAACAUAAAUUCAGGGUUAUUAUUGGGACACAGACUUGCAGUUGUGGCAAGGGCCCACAUUGCCUUCAUUUGCUGUUUGUAAUGCUGAGAGUAUUCCAAGUGGGUGAGAAUGACCCCUGUCUCUGGAGGCGGGAACUGAAGAAUUAUGAGGUGGAGACACUGUUCAGGGCCUAUCUUGACAGAAGAAAUCAGCGCAUGAAGCAGACAACUCCUAAAAAUGAACAAAAGAAGGGACAGGAAGCUGGUGGAGACUCUACUUCCCCUGAUACAUCCUCCACUGACAGUGAAUCAAGCACCAAGGACAUUGAAGAAACCUGUCCAAUCUGUCUGCUGGAGAUGUGUGAGGGGGAGAGUAUUGUGGAGUGUGAGAAGGGAUGCCACAACAAAUUACAUCACCACUGCAUUUCUAUCUGGUUUAACUUGUGUCAAAAACAAAAGGAACCCCUGAUGUGUCCACUGUGUAGAGCCAAAUGGAAAGUCUCCCCAGAGGAGGGUGUCACAGUGCCAUCUGGUAGCCCUGCCGUCAGCCUGCCCCACCCACCCCCACCUGCUCAACCCCAUGAAGAGGUUGUAUUACCCCAUGCAGAUCCUUUGCCUCAGGAACACAGGGACAUGGCAGCUCCUUGGAUAGAGAUUUUGGGUGAGGACCUCAUCUCUUGCCUCUUCUCAAAGAACUGGACUGUGCGGGAGACGGGUCUGAGAAGGGUUUCUCAGGAAGCGGUGGCCGUCUUCCUGCCAGCGUCUGGGGAGGGCCGCACUGGGGCCAGGGUGUCCUCAGACAGACACGAGGCCAAAACACAGAUGCUGUCUACCUGCUUCAGCAUCCUGGCACUGAUGUGUGGAGACCCUGUGUAUAGAGUGUUUGUGGCUGCAUUGAAAACUUUGAGAACAGUGUUGGCAUAUGUACCCUGCCGAGAUGACACUCAGAGGAAGGAGCUGCAGGAUUUGUUGGUCCCUGUGCUGAAUACAAUACUGAUUAAAUGUGCAGAUGGGAACAGACGCACAAGCUUGCUGUCCAUCUCUACCAUAGUAGAACUGGGCAAAGGGCAAUCUGGGGAGCUUGCCAUUGGAAGAGAGAUAUUCAAUUCAGGUCAGGGUGGUAUUGGAGGUGUGUCGUUCAUUCUGACAUGUAUGUUGGAGGAGUACACUCUGGAGGAGGUACAGUGGCAGUGGUUGUUGGGGCGCCUGUGUGCCUUGGACCGUCUCAUGGAGGAAUUCCCCCUAGAGUUCACAGUGGAGGCUGGCAGAGGAGAGCACAUCUCGGACCACCCGAGACUCCAUGCUGUUCUGAACUUCGUCUUCAAAGCCUUGAAACACAGUCACCAGAGGAUAGCCAAGCUUGCCAGGAGGACGUUCAUAUUUGCAGUCAGACCCACGGCCCACAUUCCAGGAAUUUUCUCUGAAGUCAAGGAAAUGUUGAACCACUUAGACUCCAGCUUGCACAUUCGGAUGCUGCGGCAUCUAGCUCAUAUUUUCACAGAACCUGCAUUGCUAGUGCCUUACCAUAAUAUCACAUAUCAGAAUGGCCCAGCGGUUGAUUUUGAGAUCCCUGGGGAUAUGGGAGAAGGCUCUGAUACCCCAAGGUCUCUCUCCCCUGAUAUGCCUCUCCCAUCAAGUCAGGGUUCCAGUCCAAUGCCCCAGACUCCCACCGAGGAUGGAGACAUUAAUGAUGGCAUUGGUGAGGAUAACAGAAGACUUGAUAACAUGACUCCCAAUAAUAAUGAGUUGGGUUCUGAUUUACAGAAUAACAAUGUGCCAAAUGACAAUGAUGUUGAGGAGCAAACUCACCAAGAUGAAUUCUUAGGGGAAAACGGACUUGAGGCUUCAGUACAACCAGAUGAAGCAGCUGCAGGUUCAAAGAGUGCAAUUGCACAAGACAAUCAUGUUGAUGGUGAUACAAGGAAGUUGGAAGAAACCACAGACAAAAGUAAUGUGAAUGGAGAAUUGCCUGGUAAUGCAGAGAACCAUGUUUCUGGUACAAAAACUGCCAAAGAUGCCAACAGGAAUCUUAAGCAAGCAAAUCCAGUCUUAUUGACUCCACCCAACACUCCAUUGCAGCAAUCACUGGACAAGGAGGAGGUAUCUCUUUCUGCAAAGAAGGUUCCACAAUCAGAGUCUACCUCGUCACCUUUGGCUGGGGCUCAGCCAAAAGAUUGGGGAGAUAUUACAACAAAGCAACUGGAAUGUGACUGUAUAGAGCCCCCACAGCCACAUGGGAUCCACAUGCAUCAUAAAUCACAGGGUAAUAGGGACCAAGAGGAGAUACAGCCUUCACUGCCAUCUUGUGGUGAAAAUGCACAUCACAAAGCACAGGGAUAUGGAAACUGUGAUGACAGACAGGACGAGGCACAGGCAGCACCACUGAACUGUAACUGUCUUAUAAAACCUUGUCCCUGUGAGGAUAAAUUUCGGUUGCCACAGGAGCCAUGUUCACCCAAGAAAACUUACUUGUGUUCUGCUUGCAGAAGGUAUUCCAUUUUAUCAACAGAGGACUCCACUGAGUUGACACUGUCUCCAGCAGGACUGGAUGAGAAGCCGGUGUCUUUCAAGACUGAAGUGGCAUCCUCGCCCAGGGUGUCGCCGGACGCAAGCCAGGAUGAUGGUGCCUCGUCUGAUCCCUGUUACUGUAAGGAGGAGGUGGAGAUCGAGGAGGCCCAGGCCCUGGCAGCUGCCAUGGAGGCUUCCACUAAACAGGAAGAUUUACCUAUCAUUCCACAGCUGGGCAGCAGGGAGAAAGACGAGAUUACCAUCCAUAUUCAGGAUGAGGGAGGUGGAGAAAAUGAUGAGCCACAGCCCAAGGCCUACUUGGAUGGCAUACACUGGCAGCGCGGCCCUCUGAUUGGCACUGGGGCCUACAGUACCUGCUAUCAGGCCAGGGACGUCAAGACUGGGACCAUCAUGGCAGUAAAACAGAUCUCGUUCUGUAGAAACACAGCUGUAGAGCAAGCUCAGGUGGUUGAGGCAAUAGAAGAUGAGAUUCGAAUGAUGGCCAAGCUGAACCAUGUUAAUGUAGUCAGAAUACUUGGGGCCACCAGACAGGGUUGCCAUUUUAACAUGUUUGUGGAGUGGAUGCCAGGUGGCGCUGUGGCCUGUCUCCUGGCCACUUAUGGACCAUUCAGUGAAGUAGUGAUCACCAGUUACACUCAGCAAGUGCUCAGGGGGCUGGCAUACCUGCAUGAUAACCAGAUAUUACACAGGGACAUGAAAGGAGCCAACAUCCUGGUAGACAGUACAGGGAAGCGUGUGAGGAUAGCAGACUUUGGUGCUAGUGCCAGGCUGGCUACAAGGUCCACAGGAGCAGGAGAGUUCCAGGGACAGCUACUGGGCACCAUUGCUUUCAUGGCUCCAGAGGUGUUACGUGGUGAAAGCUAUGGCCGGAGCUGUGAUGUCUGGAGUGUGGGCUGCUGCAUGGUAGAAAUGUGCACUGGCCAGCCACCCUGGGGAUCCAAGGCUGUGUCUAACCAUCUGGCUCUCAUAUUUAAGAUUGCAACAUCGACAGAACCCCCACCCAUUCCAGAAAACCUUUCGCCCGGAGUGCGAGAUCUCAUGCUACGCUGUCUUGAACAAAAAUCAGAGGACAGACCAUCGGCCAAAGAACUUCUGCAACAUCCCCUUUUCAUCCACUAUCACAACUUCAAAAGUUCUGUUCCAAGGAUGUAAAGCUUUCCAAUCCAAAUAUGUGAACAGUCGGCUACAUCAUUCCAUGAAACUAAAUGUCUUUAAUCAAAUUUAUGAGUAUUUGUAGUCUGACAGAUGAAGAAAAUGAAAUAUUUUCAUGACAUGAUUUUUUAAAUUGUUCCUUUUUAAUGGAACAGGUCACAAGAAAAUAUUUAUAAUUAAAAUGAUCAUCUUGAUGAUGAUAGAGUGAAAGUAAUUUUUAAAACUUGUUGCACAAGGUAUCUUAUGGUAUAAUUUGACUGCUGUGGUCAAUUUUUGUUCCUUUUUUUAAACAUUUUUCCAAAAAUUUAGAAUAUUUUAGUAGUGAUUGAGAAGUUUUAGUGAUUAUUAUUACUAUUUAUCCCAUCAAAAAGAAAAUUUUAAUGUUAGAACUUACAAGUCACAAGAACAUUGUUUUUUUUCUUUUGGUUUUAUUGACUAUCAUUUUGUAUUGUAUACUUUCUCUGUUGGAGAGGGUUAUAUUGAACCAGUGGCAUCAGGUAAUAUUAUUACCUAUUACUUAAAUGUUUGAUUGGCAUCAGUCAUUUUAACAGACAUUUUGUUUGUACAUUUAAGGAUUAUUGUCCAUUACCUUUUUCUUUUUCAUUGAAGUCGCAAAAUAACGUGAACCCUUUCCUCUUAAAUUAUUCAGAUAUUCUGCAGAAAUAUUGUAUUUAGUUGUACAGGUGUUGUUAUAAUAAUUAUAAUGCUGGCGAGCUGUAUGGAUACAUUACUUUUUCAAAAAAAGUGCCUUGUUCAUUAUUUGAUAUCCUUUAAAUUUAUUCAAGAGUUAAAGUGAAAUCUGGCGCCAAAAUUUACUGUCAUUUACAAAUCUGUGUUCAUCUGCAUUCUUAAAUCAGAAAACUGAAAAUACUUCAUAAGUAAUGAGCUUUGAACAUAAACCACAGACUUGAGUUAAAGGAAAUAAAAUACAUAUUUAAGUUCACUCAUGUACAGGGUAGAUGUGCCAGUAAGUCUAUCGAUAAUUGUAUACUGAAAUAUUCAACUUCAUUUAGCAUAAUAAGCAAAAUGAGCGAGAAACAUACAGUAUAAAUUGCAUUUAAUUAAAAUGAUAUUCAACCA